AUGGACUGUUCAGAGCGAGGUGGAACUGGGCUUACACAUCUGCCACGUUCCGGUUCCGGUUAUCUCUCAAUACAUGACCUCCAGGACGCCAUGUCAGCAGUCGUGCCACCUCAAACCACUAUCGACAACGAUGGCAGCUCGCUAGACCAUCUCCAGUUAGUAUCUAGCUUCACGGACCAACACGUCCAUGGCUACAUGCUACUUUGUAAGACACUCUCGAUAGCAAGUCUCAAAGGAUUACCAGGCGCUGUUUGGAGCGGAAAGAACGUUUUGGGGGUGGGCGUCGUCCGUCGGUUCUAA